AUGUCUUCAGAGAUACAGCCUUAUAUAUAUGACCCUGAGUCAGAGGACGAUGGAGAGGUGGAGGUGGAACCGAUUCCUCAUCGUUUGACGAUGAACGUUUCGGAAUGGUGUUCAUGCGACAAUUGUGAAAGAAUGCCGCUUGAGGAGGAGAACAUUUGCUGCCGUGAGAUUCCCCAGGUAAUGACAAGACUGACCGAUACCAUCACCCCUGUUGCCUGCAUGAGCCAACACCCUGGACUGGAACCUGUGUGCCUAAAUAUAUAUGCACUGCAGAAAGCCCUCAAUGACUUCCGGACAGACCACGGAAGCCUGCGAGUGAGAGGCUACCAAAGACGAUGCCGGCAUCUGGCCUACAGAUGCUUCGUCAGUUGGUGCUGGGGCUGGCUGGGGAGAAAAGUCCGCGUUGUCAUCCCGGCAUGUGUCGUUCGGCGCAUCAGACAGGAGUUUCCGGACACGGAGGGCCAGUAUGUAGGCUUCAGGGCUGCCCUUGAUUGAAGCGGGAUCUGUAGGAUUCUACAGCUUCUGCCAGUGGAGGGUGGUGGAAUGCUGAGGACAGGGGAUUCGGAACAGGAAUCUUUUCCAGCUCCUCCAAGUAUGGCUUAGGGUUUGGGAUGACCUCCUCGAACAACAGACUCAUCAUCUUGUGCACGUAAC